AUGUGGGUACAGUCAGAUGAUAUGUCUAACGAUCUGCUGGCACAACUCAUGGGGACAGGUGGUGAAGAGAGGGAAAAGUGGCUGGUUAUACCUGGUAAGAGAGGGCCAGUGGCAGGGAAGGAAGUAGGGGCACGUGGUGGCAGGGGCACGUGGUGGCAAGGGCACGUGGUGGCAGGGGCACGUGGUGGCAGGGGCACGUGGUGGCAGGGGCACGUGGUGGCAGGGGCACGUGGUGGCAGGGGCACGUGGUGGCAGGGGCACGUGGUGGCAGGGGCACGUGGUGGCAGGGGCACGUGGUGGCAGGGGCACGUGGUGGCAGGGGCACGUGGUGGAGGGGCACGUGGUGGCAGGGGCACGUGGUGGCAGGGGCACGUGGUGGCAGGGGCACGUGGUGGCAGGGGCACGUGGUGGCAGGGGCACGUGGUGGCAGGGGCACGUGGUGGCAGGGGCACGUGGUGGCAGGGGCACGUGGUGGCAGGGGCACGUGGUGGCAGGGGCACGUGGUGGCAGGGGCACGAGGUGGCAGGGGCACGUGGUGGCAGGGGCACGUGGUGGCAGGGGCACGUGGUGGCAGGGGCACGUGGUGGCAGGGGCACGUGGUGGCAGGGGCACGUGGUGGCAGGGGCACGAGGUGGCAGGGGCACGAGGUGGAGGGGCACGUGGUGGCAGGGGCACGUGAUGGCAGGGGCACGUGGUGGCAGGGGCACGUGGUGGCAGGGGCACGUGGUGGCAGGGGCAUGUGGUGGCAGGGGCACGUGGUGGCAAGGGCACGUGGUGGCAGGGGCACGUGGUGGCAAGCACGCAGGCAUUGAAUUGACGAGGCACAGCUCAUGGGUGACCUCCAUGUUGCCCCUGCCCACCUGCGGGGGCGUGGCCAGGUGGAUGGUGGGGGACAGACGGAUGGGGAGGCAGAUGGAUGGUAUGGGCGGAGGCAGAUCGGAGGAAGGGGCAGGCACGUUGUGA